CCCCUUUCCCACCCCCCCCCCCCCAACAACCAACCUCCUCCUCCUCCUCCUCCUGCUCCUCAGCCUUCCCCAUCUUUCAUGUUUGUGUUUGCAGCACGCCGGGAAAUAAGGAGCCCGCGGAUCCGUGCGAGCCGGGAGCCGGGCGAAGCCGGGGAGGCGCCGUGCAGCACCUUGGACAGCGCACGCAGCAAACAUGGCUCCGAUCACAGCUAGCAGGGAGGAAUUUGAUGAAAUUCCUACAGUGGUUGGAAUCUUUAGUGCAUUUGGCCUUGUCUUCACAGUCUCCCUAUUUGCUUGGAUCUGCUGCCAGCGCAAAUCGUCCAAAUCUAAUAAGACCCCUCCAUACAAAUUUGUCCAUGUGCUGAAGGGGGUUGACAUUUAUCCAGAGAAUCUCAACAGCAAGAAGAAAUUUGGAGCAGAUGACAAAAGUGAAGGAAAGAACAAAUUGGUGAUGCCAAAGAAUUCUCUGCAUCUUGACCUGGAGAAGAGAGAUCUGAAUGGCAACUUCCCCAAAACAACGCCCAAAAUCCAGAGCUCCUCAGAUCUUGAGAACUUGAGUCCAAAGCACUUUACAGAAAGGGAGAAAGAUUCAAUAUCUCCUGAUAGCUUGAAGUCCAACAUGUCACUGUCUUCUGAAGAGAAACAAGAAAAGCUAGGAACUCUCUUUUUCUCUUUAGAGUACAACUUUGAGAAGAAGUCAUUUGUGGUGAAUAUCAAAGAAGCACGUGGGUUGCCAGCAAUGGAUGAGCAGUCAAUGACUUCUGAUCCCUAUAUCAAAAUGACAAUCCUACCCGAGAAGAAGCACAAAGUGAAAACCAGAGUGCUGAGAAAAACCUUAGAUCCAGCUUUUGAUGAGACCUUCACAUUUUAUGGGAUCCCCUAUAGCCAAAUUCAAGAUUUAACCCUUCAUUUUAUGAUCUUGAGCUUUGACAGGUUUUCCAGAGAUGACAUCAUUGGAGAAGUCCUCAUUCCACUCUCAGGAAUUGAGUUGUCUGAGGGAAGGAUGCUAAUGAACAGGGAGAUCAUCAAACGCAACGUUAGGAAGUCAUCUGGGCGUGGAGAAUUGCUGAUCUCUCUCUGUUACCAAUCUACAACAAACACUCUGACCGUGGUUGUUUUAAAAGCUCGGCACCUACCCAAAUCUGAUGUCUCAGGAUUAUCAGAUCCUUAUGUCAAGGUGAACCUGUACCAUGCUAAGAAAAGAAUCUCUAAAAAGAAAACCCAUGUGAAGAAAUGCACCCCCAAUGCAGUAUUCAAUGAACUGUUUGUCUUUGACAUUCCUUGUGAAGGCCUUGAUGACAUCAGCAUUGAAUUUUUGGUGUUGGAUUCUGAUAGGGGGUCCAGGAAUGAGGUCAUUGGCCGGUUAACCCUGGAAGCUUCAGCAGAAGGAACAGGUGGAGAGCACUGGAAGGAAAUUUGUGAAUAUCCUAGGAGACAAAUUGCCAAAUGGCAUAUGCUGUGUGAUGGUUAGCAGCUUAGAAAUGGGUUGGAACUUAAUAAAUAUUUCCAUAGGCAAGGAGCAAUUUUCUUUCUUUGCAAUGUAUAAUUACAGGCUUGUAACAACAAGACAUUUUUUGUUAAGACUGGAUUGAAUUAUCACAAGAGAAGGUAACUAAAUUUUCACAUUAAACAAAGUUGUUUCAAAUCCUUAGGAAUUUAGCAUAAUUUAAUAAGAGAUUCGUAUUCUGCUGGAGUUUAUAUAGCUGUACACUUCUGAAGCAGUGUAAACUUCAAUAAGAACAACCACUCUUUUAUGAAUAAGUCAUGGGAAAUCCUAGAUUACUGCUAUCAUGGAGAAGAUUAUAACCUCAUUAAUAUAUAUUGCUAGAUCUAGGAAUAGAUACUUGGGUUUUUCAUUCUAAAAAGUGGGGGUAGGGAGGAAAGUGAGUGGGAGAGAAAGUUCCUUUGGAUUAACCUUGUAUCAGAAACCUUCUCUUAUGAAAAGUCAACCAUCUUUUCAUAAAUUUAGGGUACUCCUGUUUUGAUCAACCCAAAGACUGAAGAAAUUUUCAACAACUGGCUUUUACAUAUCAUAUGACAUCAUGUGCAAAUAGUUGUUCUAUGUGUGAAAUAUUGUAUAAUCAUUUGUGUUUGGGAUUUUUUUAAUAAAAUGGCAUUUUAUUACAAUGGAUGGAAUAAAUACAUUCAAAAAGUCAGUUAACAAAUCAAAAGUAAUAGUUUUACCAAAAGGGCUUGGUUCUAGGUGAGUGAAUGUGUUCAAAUAGUGUUAGGAUUUGUGAUUUAGGUAUAGCCUGCAAUUUUCCCCCCUGAAAGGUUAUACACUGAAUAUUUCUAGCCAAGGUAAGGCAAGAUAAUGACAUAUAAGGAAUAUUAUAACAAAUGGUCUUACACCUAUUUUAGUUGAAAAGGCUUAGUGGUGCUUAAAAAAAUAGUGUUUAAAAUGUGUUUCUAUUUGACUUCAUUGAACUAAAACAAACACAAAAAAUCCCUUAAAAGUUUUUUAAAAUAAUAAAAACAAAAAAACCCACUAUCAAAUAUUGUAUGACAGGCAGGAAAAUCCUUUUCUGCUCAAAUAUACCGAUGUAGUUAACUUUAUGGUCUGAGUAAUCUUGCUAAAGUCCAGGGGAAUAGUCUAGCACAUGCUCAAAUGUUUGCAGGAUCAGAGACCAGUUAGCAUUAUAACUCAUGCUAUCAUGUUAGAUGAAUUAUUUUGAAGUAGCACUUUAUUUAAUUUCCAUAUGUAUUUAUGCCUGACUGUAUUGAAAAUUGUAGGUGGGGGGAAAUACCACCAUGAAUUCAUAGUGUGCAACAUGUAUGUAUAAAGUGAUUUAAGUUGUGCCAGAGUGGAGGAAUAAAGUGUAACAUAAACUGAACAAGUAUAGACAUAAAACGUUUGAGCCUUGUGAAACGUAUUUAUGUUUGUACCAGGUACAUUUUAGGCUGCCAAACUAGCACAACUGUAAGCAGAUAGUUUGCUAUUGGCUUUGUACAGUGAUUUCUGAUACAGUGUUGUCUAAAAACAUUACUUUAAAGUCCUCUUGAAUCACGAGAUUUGUAAAGAACCCUAUAGACAUGUUAGCAGUGGAAACUGAAGGGGAUUCAGAAGUGCAGGGUCAGUUUUUGAUAUUUGUGCCCAGACUGCAUAUAUUUACUUCAUAAAUAAUCCCAUUGAAGUCAAUGAGACUGUGAGGAUUAUUGACUUUGAAAAAGGGUAGUAGAAUGGGUGGAUGAGAAAAUAUUUUGAAUAACUGAUACUGAAUGAGGGUGUCAGCAAGAGAAAACUCCUGGUCUUGUUCAAUUCAACCAGAGUUUUGUUGGGAACACACUUUGACCAUAAAGAGACACGUGAACAGAGGAAGCUGGAAUAUGAAAUAUGCAAGUAAGAAAUAAAUAUUACUGGAAGAAUUCUAUUGAGGCUCUUUCAGGUUUUGUGUCAGUAGUUUAUCCAGUUUUUGAGAAUGUGUUUGAUAUUACAGUGUUUAUAAAGUUAUAUAAAAAUACAUUUUCAGAACAACCUAUACAUGCUUUUUAUGACAAUGCUCAGUGUAAAAAAAAGCAAUUGCAUAUUGUAUGUCUAAAAGAAUAGAAUCUUGUUUUAUUAUUAUUAUUGUUUAGACACUGCUGAUCUACUCAAGUGCUAGAUUUUACCAGGUUUAUUCAACUACGGCAGGAUGCAAAACCCACUGAAGUCGAAAGGAAAAGCUUCCAUUCAUUUCAACGGGCUUUGGGUCAAUGUUGUAGAGUAGUAUCUUAUUCCUGAACAGUCCCUAGCAAAACCAAUGGGACUGUUGAUGUAAUAAGAUAAUACCCAGUGUAAUUAAGGAUGAUAGAGCCUAGCACAGAGAUAGCAGUAUCAUUGCCUAGAUUACAAUACCCUAUCUAAUGUUGAAAAGAACCUUGCACCAUGAGUGAUCCCACUCAAGUAGGUAGCGUAAGGGUAUAGUACAAACUGGCCUGUAGAUAGCACUUCUUUGAAAAUGCAAUCAGUUGAUCAGACCCAUCAAUUUAGAGAAGACACAAAUCCUUGCAUUCAGAAAACCAUUUUUAACCUAACUAUAGUCUGUGAUCAUCUCUCAUUUUUGCCAUCCAAAGGGAUGUGGCCAGAAGAAUGUUGUUUUUUUUUUUUUUUAAGUUUCUAUAACAACCUGAGUGUUAAUAUUUCUACCAGCUAAAUGACAGUUACUGGUGGGGGGGGGGGGAACAGGGGAGAGGGAAAUGAAGCAUUUUUUAUUACAUUGAAAAAGUUGUAAAUAGGAUUUUUGGUUUUAUUUUAAAGAAAUGUUUAACUUGGAAAGUUAAGAUGACUUGAAACACAUCUGUAGACCAGACAAGGCAGGAAUGGGCAUAGUUCUGGCCUGAGUUAAAAAAAAAAAAAAUGUUGUUUUAUAAAGUAUUCAACUCUCAAUGUGAAUAUCUUGAGCUCUGUUAAGGAUAACGUACUGUAUUAAACAUGUAAAAUAAUGUUUGUCUAAGUAGCUUACAAAAAAUUUUAAAAAGCCCUGAAUGGGAGGUAAUCCAUGUUUGAAGACCUGUUGUAACUAAAUAACUGAUUUGUUAUGAUGUUGUAACUUGAUAGUAUUUGAGAGGAAGCAUGGUGUAUGAGGUUUUGUAAGUUUUUUGUGCUGGCUCUGUAUGUUGUGCCAUGUAUGUAAGACACGAAUAAACUACUGCUCAUUCAUCCCAUCCCAACACAAAA